AUGAGCAAACCAACGAAAGCAGAGCUAUAUCUGGGCCGCCUGGAGGAUGCAAGAUGCGAAGGGAACUGGGAUGAAGUGCCCGAGUUGGUGCGCAAGGUCCGCAAGCAUACUAGUGACCGGGAAUGUACGUUUCUGACGGCAGCUCCUUUUGUGCGAGGAUCCGAGACUGACAGCUUCACCAUAGGCCUUGCAACAACAGCCGAAACCGAAUUCGCCAUUAUAAAGGCUUCCCAGAAGCAGAGACCCGAGUCGAAGUCCGCGACCGCCGUUUCGCCCACAGACCUAGACGUUGCACACCUGCUACCCAAACUACACGAUGCAUUCGAGGGCGAAAACGCAUAUGACCAAGACAAGUUUCAGGCUCAAGUCUGCGCAGGAUGGCUGCAUUGGACUGUGGGCGAAUACGAACUUGCCGAGGCACGGCUACCUCAGAACCUGGAAAACCAGCUCGCCCAACUGGAGCAGUCCGGCGACCUAUCAGAAUGGACGAGGGUAUGUUUCUUGAAAGCCGCGUAUCUGAAGGCCAACUGCCUAUCGCGGAGCAAUAAGACGGUCGGAGCACUGGCCGUAUUCGAAUCGGCCUCGGUUUCCUUGUCGCAUGUCUGGACAGGACAGCAAGGUCGCAAACAGCUGCAAUUCUGGUCCGAGCUUUUCCUCACCGAGUGGUGUAUGCUCCACGCCCAGGCUCUGGAGAGAGGAGAGAAAAGUCUCGAGGAUGCCAACUCGUUGUCUCCCUUCCGUUCGUGGGCGAAGUACUGGGAAGUGUCUAAGGCUCAAGGGCCUCCUCAUCUUGGUGGCUUCGGCUUUCGAGGGGCCGUCCCUAGAAGAAGAGUCUGGAACGAAUACUACGCUGCCAUUUCGGGUAUUCUCCAGCAGGAUUUACCAUACCCGACGGGAAAUGUCAGUGCAGUGACCAACGAGGCCUCAGCGCGGAACCAGCUCAGAAUGGAGUUGAAGAAAGUUGAGGCCGUCUAUGAAGGUCUUCUCCUCAGCGAAACGUCUUUCCCUCGAGCCGAAGAGGAGAGGGAGGACGUGGAAAACUUCGUAUCUGCUGUGAUGAGCAACUGGAGUAUUCUGAGUGGACGCGAUUGGCAUCAGAACGACCUGGGGCCUGGUGGCAAAGAGGGUCUCAGCCGCGGGGUAUUAGACAUCCUAUAUCGGGCCGCGACGAAGACUUUCCAUUCGACGGCCAUUCUGCGAGAUCUUUUCACGGUCCAUCUUUCAGUUGCCGAGUUCGACCUAGCUUUUCAUGCCCUUGACUCAUAUAUGGAAAUCGUCAAAAAAGGAAAGGCUCGGGUGGACAAGACGGGCCACCCUGAGCCGAGCCUUGACGAUGAUGCUACAGUCCUGGAGACAAUAUCCCAGGCGAUCACGGCCCUGUGCAAAUACGGAUUUCGAGAUGCUGCUGAAAAGGCACGGGACCUGGGUGUUGAGUUGGAGAACAUGCUUCAAAGUCUGCCAACGCCGCUCUCUAAUGACACCGAUGGCAUUCCGACCCUGGACGAGGAGAAUGGUGAUGGUGUCAUCCUUCACCCGAGGAUACCUGCUCGCGUAUAUGGGCUGUCAUGGCAAGCCAUUGGUCUUUCACAAGCACAGUGGUCUCGGACAACGUAUGAUGCAUCUGAAAGGAAUGAAAUCCAGGCGAAAGCUAUACGAAGUUUGCGGAAGUCACUAUCACCAGAGAAUGGCAAUCCCACCGACGUUAGGACUCUCUUCACCCUUGGCCUCUUAUUGGCGGAGCAGAGGGAGUUGAAUGCAGCCAUUGACAUUCUGAAGGCCGCGUUGAUGUCUAACAAGAAUUCUGAAGUACAGGUCCUCGGAACUGGGUUGUACUGGCGGGAAAGAUCGCUGAUUCCUCUCUGGCACCUACUUGCGCUUCUCCUGAGCGCUGAACAAGACUUCGUUACGGCCGCUCGCGCUUGCGAGGGAGCGUUCGAGCAGUUUGAGGAUCCUGCGGUUUUGUUCGGGGCGCAGAACUUGGAGGGCACCUUUCGGAGUGAACACCUUAAUGAGGCGGAAGCUCAGGAAGGGAAGUCCCCUGCGGAUAGUCUCGUCGAUCAGAUGGACGACCUCGAAAAGGAGGGUAUAGUUGAAGUCAAGAUGACACAGCUCGCUCUUCUGGAACUUUUGGAAGGGCCCGAGGUGGCAGUCAACGCAAGUCACGAACUGCUUGUCCUCUAUAUGCGCUUGUUUGGGAGUAUGCAGCCCCGUGCUCCUGUUACAGCCCAGAAGUCUGCAUUAGAUGUGCCGAAAAGUUCAGCCGGGACGUUUAGAACUAUGAGGGGAAGCAUAUUCGGCCAUAAAUCCGAGAAAAGCUCACGCUUCUCAAGACGAGGCAGUGUUAUAGGAAGUGAGAAGCCCGCGCCGGUCUCGGAAAGAUCUCUGACUUCGCAAACCGCCGUCAGCAACUCUAGUACAGCUCCCACCAUACAUGUCACGAAGGAAAACGGCGAUACUGGAGAUUCUCGUCAAUCCACCAGGUCAGCGAGCACUCGCGGGCGACGUAGUGAUUCGACCCGACGAGGAAGCUUGAAGAAGAGAGAUAGCAGCGCCCAGCAACAGCGUCGGGCCGUCAGCAGUGAUGGCGCACCUCAUGAGACGACGGUAGUGGACGGCGAGCCUUUCUUCACCCCGAUGGGAGAUGGAUCAGCCAAUGAGCGGCCGGAUUUCUUUGCUUGGAGUAGCAGGAACGACAUUUCGAGUCAACAAUCUUUCUCAAGAGGCCGUGGGCUACUGCGAUUCGACUCAUCUGUCUCUUCCGUCAUGGGGUCCGCGACGGGCUCCGACGUACCAGUCCUGGAUUCGCUGUCGUCCCCCAACCCUUUACCCACGAUACAAUUCCCGGAGGAUCAAGUCAAGCGCCAGAGACAUACUAUUCUCAUCAAAGUAUGGUUAAUGAUAGCUUCGUUCUAUCGGCGCGCCAAGCUGUAUAGUGAUGCCAAGAGUGCGAUCAAUGAAGCCAAGAAGUUGGUGGACAAUCUAGAAAUCGAGAUUGCCAAAGAUUCAAGCGGUGCUCUGACGUCGCGAAAUCCAGGCUGGGGUGGGAAGAAGUGUGUCGAGGAGCUUUGGGGUGACGUACGCACUGAGAUGGGCGUUCUAGCUGUCGCUGAAAGCACACCUUACUUAGCGAGAGCUUACUUUGAGGAAGCCUUGAUGCACUACCCAGAUCACCCAUCCGCUAUUGUUGGGCUAUCAAAUAUCCUGCUGGACGUUAAUGAUGAAGUGCUCCUACCCCCGCCUUCUAUACCUAGCAUCCAGUUGCCUGACGGGGAUCCGCUUGUCCCGGAAUGCACGAGUCCUACCGCCAAAACAUAUCCGGACAAGCCACAAAGGGGAGGACCGACAUUACCUACCUCACCAUUAGGGCUCGGCGGCAAUGGACGCGACAAAUCAGCGGCAGCAACACGAAGUAGAAAACUCAUCCCAUCGCAUAAGCCAGCAGGCCUGCCAGUCACAGAAGAGCUGCCGGCCCCUCACAAGGCAGUCUCAUUACCCCUUGUUGAUCGACUUGCUGCUCGGGACAGGGCCUAUGGGCUCUUGUCCGGCCUUACUCAAUUAGGCACGGGCUGGAAUUUUUCAGACGCUUGGUUUGCUCUGGCUAGAGCACACGAAGAGAGUGGGCAACCAGACAAGGCUAAGGAGGCGCUUUGGCGGUGCGUAGAGCUCGAGGAAGCAAUGGGGGUGCGCGAUUGGAAUUCCGUCGGUGUCAAUGGCUACGUGCUCUAG